AUGGCCGAAUCUGCAUCCCCACCGCGCUCGCUGCCUUCUUCUCCCUCAUUUAGCGCCCACCGCUUAUCUCGCUCAUCUCGACCUUCUCUCUCCAUCGACCUCUCCAGCCUCCCCCCGCUCACGCAGCCUACACCUCCCACCAACACCCUCCUGAUCACCGACCUGCGUGACCUCAUCCUCUUCCAACCCUCAUCGCUGGAAGCCAUCCGCACCCAGAUCAGCGCAGUGGCGCCCCUGAACUCCUUCUCCCCACUCCCCUCGCUCCGCCGCAUAAUCUGCUCGUUCCACUCCGAGGAGGACGCCAUCGCCAUCCGCAAGAUGCUGGAUGGCACCCCACUACUGGGCCGUGACGUCCGGCCCCGGAUCUACUUUGGCGAGCCAACCCCGAUCUUGAACGGAGACGAGGCGCCCAAGCGUCUGCUCGAGGCCCCGCAGAUGGACAAGCUCUUCUUUAUCUCGCCGCCGCCCAGCCCGCCGCACGGCUGGGUCAUGCGCAACGAGGACCCGCCCAACAAGGAGGUACACGCCCAUGAUCUGGCUAACGCUCUGGCCAUGCUGAAGACCGACCGCACCCAAGUCUCCGAGCCCUGUGGUGGCGUCGAUCCCGCCACUCCGGUCUCGAUCUCGUCCGACAAGCGCACUGGCAGCUGGCCCGUGGCGGGUUCGCAGCAGCGCAGCCGAAGCAGCACUCUUAUCUACCAUCCCGAAGAACAUGGCCACAGCCCCAACCUACCUGCGGUCAUGGUUGAGGAUAUGAGUCUGGUUGCGGACGAUGGUGACAUGGAUAUCGACAUGAGUCCCAUUGAGAUGCCCGUCACGAAGAUGCCGCCCAAGACCUCUCGGCCACCUGUCGAGCUGAUGGAUUAA